UGUCCGUCCAGUUCAAAGAUAUGCGCAUUGCAUCUUUGAUGCCUAACACUAAACACCUGUCUUGCCGCUGUAUAUGAGGAUGAAAAGCCUCGCUACUCCUAGGCUCCCAUGAAAAGAUCAAAGUCUGGCUGAUUCUCGACUCCAAGAGCAACACGGUCCCUCGACGCCGCACCCUCGAAGCGACUCCUUUGGCGUCCUCGUAGUAAAGUGCGAAUCUAGAAACCAGUCUUCAGAUCUUUCCGACCCCGAACAGCUGGCAAUUGUAUUCCUACCACCGCGAUACGCUAUUAUCUUGUCAGGAAAUAAUUCCAUACUGUGCUCUCCCAGCGUGCUAGGUAACUAGAUACGGGCGCCAUGUCUACUCGCAGUCUCCAGUCGCCUCAUGCCCAAAACCCUGCUACCAAUCUUUCCGACAGUCUUAAUAACUUGUCACUCAAUACUGCAUCUUCAAUUACCGCACAAUUUCCUCCAGUUGCUCCCACGGAUAGACUGGUAGUCGGUGUGGACUUUGGGACGACAUACUCGGGUGUCGCGACGGUAUAUAGCGCCAAUCCAGAUGAUAUAGACAUAAUAAAGACAUGGCCUUCUUCCAAUGGUCUCACCAGCGAUAAAGUCCCAACUGAGAUAGCCUACGAAACCUCCCCUGAUACCACUCCUGCUUCGCCAAUAUUCGAUGGUGAACCGCGCGGGAAAUCGCCCAAGAAGAUCAAAUGGGGGUUCCAGUUUAAACCAGAAGAGUCGCGACUACGUUGCAUCAAGUUGUUUCUAGAUCGAAAUCAAAAGCUACCACACUUCGUCUCGUCCCUCGACACAGCUGCACAGCUUCGGAAAUAUGAUCGUACAGUGAUGGAUGCGGUAUCAGACUACCUGACACAGAUAUACAAACAUACAAUGGAAACCUUGUCGAGGAGAUAUGGGGAGACAUUCAUGUCUACAACCAAAGUGGAAUUUGUCUUGACUGUGCCUGCGGUAUGGUCAGACUCGGCAAAGAAUGCGACUCUCCAGGCAGCUGAACGGGCUGGGAUGGGUAAUAUGCAUGAUCUCAAGCUUAUAUCAGAACCCGAAGCUGCGGCGGUUUACACCCUGAAAGCCAUACAACCAAAUCAUCUCCGAGUCGGUGACAACUUUAUAGUAUGUGAUGCUGGUGGUGGUACGGUGGAUCUGAUUGCAUAUAAAAUUACACAACUUACACCUUUGAAAGUCGAAGAGUCAGCAGUUGGCACUGGAGGGCUCUGCGGAUCGGCAUUUCUCAAUUAUCGAUUCGAGGAUCAUGUUAGAUCGCGAAUAGGAGAGGAACGGUACAAUCAUAUGCGUGAGAAGAAAGCAAAGACGUGGAACAUGGGUCUCAAAUACUUUGAGGAAUUCGUGAAGCGGAAUUUCAACGAGGAUGAGCACAACGAAGUCAACGUUCCAUUUCCAGGUAUGCCUGAUGAUGAAGAAGCCGGUCUUGACAGUGGGUUCCUAGUUAUGACGGCAGAACAAGUCAAGGAUAUAUUCGAGCCAGUCAUCAAGGAGGUUGUGGCGCUCGUGGAAGGACAAGUCGACACAAUCAGAGCAAAAGGUGGAAUCGUGAGCGGAAUUGUUCUUGUCGGGGGCUUUGGCCAGUCCAACUAUCUAUACAGCCGGAUGAAGUCACAUUUCAACACUGCCCCACCACCCCCCUAUACAGAACGACCCACACACGCGGUAGCAUUGAACUCACCACAGAGCAUUGAAGUAAUGCACCCAAUGUACGCUUGGACAGCUGUCGUACGUGGUGCAGUCAUAAGAGGUCUAGAAGGGGGCAUGGUCGUCAGUAGAAGGAGUAGAUGGCACUACGGUACGAGUUAUGCCACUGUCUUCGAUGAGGUCAAACAUCCUAUCAGUGAUCGAUAUUGGAGUCCACUCUGGGAACGAUGGAUGGUCAGUGACAGAAUGCAAUGGCAUAUUGCAAAGGGCGCCCAAGUCUCCGAGAGCCAACCGAUCUCCUUCCACUACACGCGUAAUUUUAGACCAGGACAAUCACUAGUCGUGGAAGACGAUCUCAUUGCAUGCGAUAGUGACACUGCGCCUGAUUCAUAUCAGAAAGGACUAAUCAGUGUCUGCACGUUGACUACAGACCUCGGGACCGUACCGAGAAGCCUCUUCACAAGACUGACGACCACCAAAGGAGUAGAAUUCGAUAACCUAGACUUCACACUUGACAUGCGGAUACAGAGUGCGGGCCUAAUGUUCGAACUGAAAGUAGAUGGGGUACGAUAUGGUGCUGUAGAAGCGAAGUUCCAUUAGAAGGAACUGAAGUAGGACAAUAGGUACAACUCAAUAUCCAGGUGACUUUGAUUUUCCCUUGCAAGUGAAUGGUACAGCAGUCUAUCUCGGCUCUCCAUUGGAGGGAUUUCACCGGGUCUAAUGGCUGUGUUUGCUUGCCUUGUCAGGGCCCAGGGGGCUCGUGCGUUGUUGAUAUUUAUCUUGUGCCAGAACUCACGAUCUCAGCUUCCUCUCUGCACCCACAAACCUGGCCAGCGAACAAUUCUACAACCACAUCUUUCUCAUCAUUGCUUAUCCAAAAAUGUCUAGCACUUUGUCACCGCAGAAGACAGUUGCGUCGCCACGCAUCCUGAGCUUUCCUACAGAACUCCUUGAGCUUCUCUAUCCACUACUCACGGGUAUCCACUGUGAAAGCAACUACGAACAGAAUCCAGAUCAUAUACACGCCGAGACGAGAACGGGAGGAUGUAAUCACUGGAAG